CUCUCCCGGCCCGGCCCCGCUCCCGGCCCCGCCGCCGCCCGCGGGCUCUGUGUCCCGGUAACGGCGCUCCGAGGUACCGGGGCCGCUCCGAGGUACCGGGGCCGUUCCGAGGUACCGGGGCCGUUCCGAGGUACCGGGUCCGGGAGCAGCCCAGGGUCGCCGAGACUCCGGUUCCCUCGGGCAGCAGCGGCCGAUGUGGGAAAGCUGCGGGCGGCGUUUUGGGCCUGGUGGGCGCGGGGAGCCGGAGGAGGAGGAAGAGGAAGGAGAGGCGAGGAGCCCGGAGCAGCAGCGCGGAGCCUGCGGGAUUCCCUCCGGUACAGCCCCUCCUGAUCCAUCCCAUCCCGGAGCCUGCGGGAUUCCCUCCGGUACAGCCCCUCCUGAUCCAUCCCAUCCCGGAGCCUGCGGGAUUCCCUCUGGUACAGCCCCUCCUGAUCCAUCCCAUCCCGGAGCCUGCGGGAUUCCCUCCGGGCCGUGUCCUGCUGGGCUUUAGCACCGAGUAUCACAUCCAGGUCACCUCGUUCCCUCCCUCCUGAGUGCCAGGAUGUGGUGCCAGAGGCUGGCCCGGCUGCUCCGGGGGCGGCGUGGGAGCACCGGGCACCGCUGGCCGUGGCUGCCCCGGGACCCUGGAGCCGUCCUGGCUGUCCCAGGGCGCUGCCUCCCCACGGCCCCAGCGUCCCCUCCCUGUGCCUGGCAGCUGCACCGGGACCAUCUGGAGCUGAGGUACGGGAGCACGGUGAUGCGCCUGGAUUUCGUGUGGCUGCGGGACCACUGCCGCUCUGCCUCCUGCUACAACGCCAAGACCAACCAGCGCAGCCUGGACACGGCCAGCGUGGACCUGGCCAUCCAGCCCCAGGCUGUGCGGGUGGACGAGGCCACGCUGUUCCUCACCUGGCCCGAUGGACACGUCACACGCUACGGGCUGGAGUGGCUGGCGAGGAACAGCUACGAGGGGCAGAAGCAGCAGGUGAUGCACCCCCGGAUCCUCUGGAAUGCUGAGAUCUACCAGCAAGCCCAGGUCCCCUCCAUCGACUGCCGGAGCUUCCUGGAGACAGACGAGGGGCUGAAGGAAUUCCUGCAGAACUUCUUGUUGUACGGGAUCGCCUUCGUGGAGAACGUCACUCCCACCAAAGAGGACACGGAAAUCCUGGCAGAGAGGAUCAGCAUCAUCAGGGAGACCAUUUAUGGCAGGAUGUGGUACUUCACCUCUGACUUCUCCCGAGGAGACACAGCCUACACCAAGCUGGCCCUGGACCGGCACACGGACACCACCUACUUCCAGGAGCCCUGCGGCAUCCAGGUGUUCCACUGCCUGAAGCACGAGGGCACGGGCGGGCGGACGCUGCUGGUGGACGGGUUCCACGCGGCCCAGCAGGUGCUGCAGGAGGCCCCGGAGCACUUUGAGCUGCUGGCCAAGGUGCCCCUCAAACACGAGUACGUGGAGAACGUGGGCGGCUGCCACAACCACAUGAUCGGCGUGGGGCCGGUGCUCAACGUCUACCCCUGGAACAACGAGCUUUACCUCAUCAGGUACAACAACUACGACCGCGCUGUGAUCAACACGGUGCCGCACGACGUGGUGCGCCGCUGGUACCGCGCUCACCGCGCCCUCACCGCCGAGCUGCGCCGGCCCAGCAACGAGCUCUGGGUCAAGCUGAAACCAGGCAAGGUCCUGUUUGUGGAUAACUGGCGUGUCCUGCACGGCCGGGAGGCGUUCACGGGGUACCGGCAGCUCUGUGGCUGUUACCUGACGAGGGACGAUGUGCUGAACACCGCCCGCCUGCUGGGGCUGCAGGCCUAGCCCAGCCCUGCAGAGACCCCAGAGCCACCUCUGAGGGAGCCAGGAGCCCCCAGAGUCACCUCUGGGACAGCCAGGAGCCCCCAGAGCCACCUCUGGGACAGCCAGGAGCCCCCAGAGCCACCUCUGGGACAGCCAGGAGCCCCCAGACCCACUUCUGGGACAGCCAGGAGCCCCCAGAGCCACCUCUGGGACAGCCAGGAGCCCCCAGACCC